UUCUUCUUCCUCAAAUAAUUCAGUGUGUAUUAGAUUUUUCUUCAUGGGAUCCACACGCUUUGCAGUACCUCAUUAAACCCAGUAUUUUAGCUGUUCCAUGAAGUCCACAUUCAUUUCUAUAUAUCUUGCUCCACUGAUUAUGAAUCUCAGUAUCUCUUAAACAGAACCUUUCGUUUUUCUUCCCCUUUCUGCGCAUACUAACUCUUAUUUCUCUUGCAAAAACCUUUCUUUACACUUUCGGUCUUUAUCUUGCAAAGUAUGGCUGAACACAUCCCAUUCGGCAUUGCACAAAACUUAUUAACAAAGCUGGCAUCAUCUGCCUUCCAAGAAAUAGGAUUGAUAUAUGGUGUCAAAAAUGAUCUUUGUAGGCUUGAAAAUACUUUCUCCACUAUUAAAGCUGUACUUCUAGAUGCUGAGAAGAAGCAGGCGAACAGUCAUGCAGUGAAGAGCUGGAUAAAGAGACUUCAAGAUGUUGUCUAUGAUGCAGAUGACUUGCUGGAUGACAUGGCAACUGAAGGUUUGCGAAGAAAGGUUGAAGGUCAGGGAAGAAUGGUGAGGAAGGUAUGCGACUUCUUUUCUUCCUCAAAUCAAAUUGCAUUUCGUUUUAAGAUGGGUCAUAGAAUCAAAGAUAUCAAAAAGAGGUUAGAUGAUGUCGCUAAAGAUAUCUCUACCUUCGGCUUUAUAGCUAGCAACCAAGGUGUAGCUAAUAUGCAAGUUAUGAAUAAUUGGAGAGAGACAGACUCCUUUGUAUUGAAAUCAGAAUUCAUAGGAAGAGAAGCUGAUAAGGAAAAAAUCAUAGAAUCAUUGUUGAGUCCAAACAAUCAAAGCAAUGUUUCUAUAGUUGCAAUUGUUGGUUUUGGUGGCUUAGGAAAGACUGCCCUUGCCCAAUUAGUGUUUAAUGAUGAGAAAGUGGUGAAUUGUUUUGAUUUGAAAAUAUGGGUAUGUAUUUCCGAGGAGUCAAAUGUUCAAAUGCUAGUAAAAAUGAUCCUUAAAAGUGCAACUAGUGAUGAAGUGCUCAACUGGCCUUUGGAACAGUUGCAAAUCCGUCUUAGACAACAUUUAGAAGGAAAAAAAUACUUGUUGGUGUUGGAUGAUGUGUGGAAUGUAGAUUAUAGAAUUUGGGGUCAAUUGAGAAAAUAUUUGAUGGUUGGUGCAAUAGGAAGUAAGAUUUUAGUAACUACUCGUAGCAUGGGAAUUGCUUUAGCUAUGGAUGUAGACUCUCCAUAUGAAUUAGGGGGUAUAACAGAAGAUCAGUCAUGGGAUUUAUUUGAGAAGCUAGUAUUUAGAGAGGGAACAAGUAGAGUGAAUCCAAAUUUAAUAGAAAUAGGGAAAAAAAUUGCAAAGAAGUGCAAAGGAGUUCCACUUGCAAUUAGAGCUUUAGGAGGUAUAAUGCAACUAAAAAGUAGAGAAAUCAAUGAAUGGUUGUUUGUCUUGGAAAAUAAGAUAUGGAAGUCGUUUGAGGAUGAUUGUGAUAUUGGCCCAGUUUUGAAAUUGAGUUAUGAUCACUUACCAUAUCAUUUAAAGCAAUGUUUUGCAUAUUGUGCAUUUUUUUCUAAAGAUUAUGAGUUUGAUAAGAAGAGGUUAAUUUAUUUAUGGAUGGCACAAGGUUAUGUUCAAUGUGGGAGUCAAAGUGGAAAUGAAAGUUUAGAGGAGAUUGGCGAUGGAUACUUCAAUGAAUUAUUAUUUAGGUCAUUUUUUCAAAAGGAUGAGUAUUGUUAUAAAAUGCAUGACCUCAUCCAUGACCUUGCACAAUCAAUAGCAGGGGAUAGUUGUUUUGUAGUAAAUGAUACUACUACAGAUAUUCCUGAUAGAGUCCAACAUGUGUAUUUUGAGGGAUUGCCUUCCGAAGAAUGCUUGAGAAAGUUCAAAAAUAAGGGGUUGAGGACACUGUUUUUUUCUCGUGAGUUAGAUAUAAAUUUAGAUGGUAUUAUUUCAAAUUGUAGAAGUUUAUGUGCAUUGAGUGUACGUUGGGGGGAUAUCAAUGAAUUGCCAGAUUCAAUUGGAAAGUUGAAGCGCUUGAGGUAUCUUGACAUCUCAGAAAAUUAUAAUGUCGAAUCACUUCCCAAAAGUAUUUGUAGUUUGUAUAAUCUACAAUCUCUAAUGCUCAGAAAUUGUCAUUCUCUCAAAGAAUUACCCAAAGACGUAAGAAAAUUAAUUUGUCUUAGGCAACUUAUAAUUGAUGGAUGUUUUGAUCUUAAAUACAUGCCAUUGGGAUUAGGGAGAUUAACAAGUCUGCAAAGGUUGUCUACUUUUAUUGUGGGAAGGGAUCGAGGAAGGAGACGUUCCACAUUGAACGAAUUGAAUAGCUUAAACCAGCUUAGUGGUGGAAUUUCCAUUGAAGCACUAGGAAAUGUCAAAAGCCCUGCGUUGGAGUCCAACCAACCAAAUCUCAAGGAAAAGAAACACCUUCACUCCUUGGAUUUGUCUUUCUAUUUCUAUUGGGAUGGCACGGGAGAUAGUGAUAGUGGAAAUUGUGAGUUGUUGUUGGAUAACCUACACCCUCACCCUAACUUGAAACAAUUGCAUGUUCAUGGGUACGGAGGUGUGAGGUUUUCAAAUUGGCUUUCUUCCAUCACAAAUCUUGUCGAUAUUAGUAUAUUAAUAUGUCCAAAAUGCGAGCAUCUACCACCAUUGGAUCGUCUCCCUUCUCUGAAAUUUCUCAGACUUGAAGUUUUCAAUUCACUGAAUUAUAUAUCGGAUGAGAUGGCAGAAUCUUCCUCUUUUUCAUCUGCAUCAACAACAUUCUUCCCAUCCCUAAAGAUUCUUCAACUCUUUGACUGCCCUAAUCUGAAAGGGUGGUGGAGAAUAUGUAGGGACGCUGAGCUAGUGCCUCAAUUUCCUUGUCUUUCUGAAUUAGCCAUUUGGAAUUGCCCUAACCUGACUUUGAUGCCAACAUUUCCAUCUCUGGACAUGGAGCUGUAUCUUUCAAAUGCCAACAUAAGACCAUUGCAUCAGACAUUGAAGAUGAAGAUAAUGACUGCAACGGCUUCCACAUUACCAUCAACCUCUUCUUCAGUUGCUGCUCCAUUUUCCAAAUUAAAGUCUUUGCAGUUACAACACAUUGAGGAUCUAUCAUCUCUACCUGGAGAGUGGAUGCAGAAUCUCAUCUCCCUUGAGAAUCUUACUGUUUCUGAUCUAUCAAGUCUGGUGUCUCUACCGAGGGAGCUUCAAUAUGUUACCACCCUGCAGCGUCUCACAAUCUUCGGUUGUUCUAAUUUGACAGCUUUGCCUGACUGGAUGGGCAACCUCACAUCACUUAGAUAUCUAGAGAUCUCAUACUGCCCCAAAUUGGAAUCGCUACCAAAAGGAAUGCGUCAAAUCAGCACUUUACUGAAGUUGAGGAUUGAUGGUUGCCCCCAUUUGUCUGAAAGAUGCGGACACGAUAUGGCUGCAGAUUGGCCCAAAAUUUCUCACAUCCCAAAUAUUAAUAUAGAUCGGCAUGAUUUUCAACAGCAUGGCCUCUAUUUAUUGGAAGAAGAAGGAGGCUCCUCUGCUUCCACGGAGAUACAACUGUGGAAGGAUGAUUUUACUAAGCUUUGACUAUCCAUGGGAUGAUAGAACAUAUUGCCAGUUCCAACACCAGAAUUAUAUGUUGCUCUUGCACACAGCAAACCUCUUUCUACUUCAGAAUUUUAGAAAGGUAUAAGUUUCAGAAUUUUAGAAAGGCACACAGCAAAUAUCAAUUGGUUUCUUCCCUUAACCAUCUAAGCAUUAGGUUAUAAAGGGAGCUUAACAGAGUGCAUUACACUGGAAAAUGAGUGCAUUAUAUGUAACUUCCAGUUCAUCUUCUUAUAUGUCUAAGCUUAUGCUUCUGUAGGUUUCAUGUGAUUUCACAACCUAUUGGAAAAUCUUUUAGCAAAUAGUCUCUAAUUUUAUUAUACCUUUUGCAUCUAGGUGUACAGCAAAGGUUCAAUCUCUUGGUGCUGCAAUUUGGUGAAACUCCCACAUCUUUGCUCAAAAGAGAAACAGUGAAUUGCAACUCUGAGCCAUUGAACAAGAAAUACACACAGCUACUAUGAUAGAAGAUUUGUCACUUGUCAAAGUUAUUUCUUGUUAUGCCUUAAUUAGCCUAAGGAUUCAUUUCGUUUUGUUUGUUUACUUAUACAAAUAGGUUAAUAGAUAUUGUGAUAUUUUUAAACUGUAAAUCUAUUUUAUUUUAUUAACAGUCUGGGAUUAAGGGGAAUUUCUAUGUUUAUGUCAAUUUCACCAAUUAAAUACAUGGAAUUGUAGUUUAAAUCUAACAGGUUUUUUUUUUUCUUUUUUUGGUCAAAAGUUGUUUUUUUUUUUUUUUUUAUAAUUUGACACACUGGGAUUUAUUUGUUUAGUUCUUUUCUGGUUGUAUGUAAUAAUAAAGGUAAGGUUAAAUUCAGAUGAAAAGGAUCAUCUGCUAUUUCUACAAGAUGUAUGCAGGGCUUUAUUUGGUAAGUAAAUCAACUGCCCGCUUUGUACUGUCUUCGCUUUUAUCAUUCAAAUGGUCAACAAGUUCGUCUCUGUACUAUAUGUAGGGCUGGAAGGAAGUUUAUACAAACAACUUUGGAACAGACAUUUGGAAUCAAUUUUUCAUUUUCAGAAGCAAUCAAAAUUUCUAAUAGAUGUGAGAUUCUUUGUCUUUAAUUUCUGGCAAUUGGUCUUCUACUUGUACUGCUGCAUCUCAGCUCCUUUGUGAAGCUACAGACAGUAGAGUGUGCAUUGGUUCUCAAUUGAUGAUGAAGUGCAUAAAGAAUGCUUCUACUAACUUUUCACUGUCCAUUGGAUAAUGGAGCAUAUUGCUAGGUUCGUUGCUGGAAUUAUCUAUUGCCUUCAAUUGACAAGGUAUCACCUGGACAAAUUUAUUCUCUUUUAAAGUAAUGAAUUGGAGUGCUUGCAAGAAAUUGGCUUCUACCUUUCUUCACCUCCAUUAUUCUUUUGAUGAUCUGUGUAUCAGCACUUCAAAAGAAAUAAUAUGUUAUUCUAUCACUAAAUUCUAGUUUAAAAGACUUUAAUCUCUCACCAGUUUAAGCCUCUUGCUGCUCUUGAACAUCUAGUGAUUUUGAAAAAGAUUCUACUGAAAAUUUUAUUUUUCAGAAACAUAUUUCUAAUAUCUCACGUUACUUGUAUUAGCACUUGAGAGCAAUUUGCGAUUUUUUGUUGUAUUGUAUUUCUUUUUAAUUGUGUACAGGAAGAAGCAAUUUCGAAGUUGAAGCUUCCUAAUAAAGAUUAUAAAUCUUCAUUA